AUGUGCAUCGGUCUAUUGGUGGAUGAUGAUGAUGAUGAUGAUGAUGAGGAGGAGGAGGAGGAGGAGGAAAUGUUUCUUUCUCUAUCUGUGAAAGACGACUUCAUUAUGCCAUUGCUUUGCAUGUUGACGUAUUUUUUGAACGGUAUCUUUCUUCCUGUUUUAAUUCAUCAGUCUUCAAGUCACCAGCUCUUAUUUAUCCGAGGAUUUGAUCUAUCUAUCUAUCUAUCUAUCUAUCUAUCUAUCUAUCUAUCUAUCUAUCUAUCUAUAUCUAUCCCAUCUGAUCACUAUCUAUCUAUCUAUCUAUCUAUCUAUCUAUCUAUCUAUCUAUCUAUCUAUCUAUCUAUGAGUGACGUUGAAAUCUUAGAACACGGGGCCGGUUUUCUAUCUAUCUAUAUGCUGUUUCUAUCUAUCUAUCUAUCAGUUUACUCCUCUAUAUUUAUCUAUCUAUCUAUUUUAAUCUUUUCAUUCAUAUCUAUCUAUCUAUCUAUGUAUCUAUCUAUCUAUCAGUAG